UCCACAGCACUGAUAGAGGCUGUGCAUGUUCCAGUACUAUUAGAAACUUUACCAAUUACUUUUUGUUUUGUAGUUUUCCUUAUUCUUUGAGAGCUGAGCCACUGAAAGAAGGAAGAGAGCGUCAGGACGCAGAAUUUUGAGGGCAAUUAUGAAAAACGCGGAGCAGUGAAUUUUAUUUCCCGUUGACAGCUGAAAAGGAGGAGAUGGAGAACAAGGCCAUGUAUCUGAGCACAAAUGAAGAGAGAGAGAACGUCUCGAUUUAUGAAGAGGCCUAUGAUGGACACAACUUGUCCAAACUCAACCUGUGUGAUGAAGUUUCUACAAAGCGUCGCAGGAAGCAGGACCAGUGUUGCAGCCAUCUGAACUCCCUCUCAUCUAUCAAGUACGCCAUUGUUUUCCUCUACAUCCUGGUUCUUCUCACCAUAUUUGGACUUUGCCUUGCAGUCUCUCGCUCCCAGGUGUCUUCUCAGCGGCAGGAGGUGCUGACGGAGAAUGCGACCCGGAUGUCAGAGCGCUCCCAGCUGCUCCAGCAGACCCUGGGAGAGGAGUCCAAACAGGCUGACCUGCUGGAGAACAUCUGGAAACUAGAAAACCUCUUCCAGAACCACAGCAACUGGCUGCAGAGGCUGGAGAUCUUCAUCAAGGGCUUGGAGGUGGAGCUGAGGAGCAUGCAGGCUCACUCUCUACAGUCAGAAGGCUACCUGGUGCAGUUGGAUGACAGGUUGUCCUCGCUAAGCAGCUCCGCGGGUCGGAACCUGACGAGCUUGAGUUCGGAGGUGGCCCGAGCAUCCACGUGGCUUCGUGAUCAUGACGUCCUGCUGAGGGAAACCUCGAGUCAUGUCAGUGAACUGAGGGAAAAAUUAGACGAGGUCAACUGGACAGUGGGAGCUGUCAAUCACACCUUCAGCAACGAUGUCAGUAUUCACCAUUUGAAGAUACGUGACUUACAGAUUCAGAUCAGCAACAUAACAGAGGACACCAGCAGUUUAUGGGUGACCCACGUCCACACGGAGGCCCAGUUGAGGAAUGAGAUGGAGAUCCUGAACACAAUCACAGAGGACCUCCGUCUAAAGGACUGGGAGCACUCCAUGGCUCUGAAGAACCUCACAAUAUUAGAAGGACCUCCAGGGCCUAAGGGAGAGAAAGGGGACACUGGAGAAUUGGGGCCCCCUGGGGUUCCUGGUUUGACUGGCUUGAGAGGAUUUACCGGAGAAAAAGGCAACCAGGGCCCUCGGGGAAUGAAAGGGUCUGGUGGGGUCGAUGGCAUGCCGGGAGAAAAAGGAGACGUUGGACCUGCCGGGCCUAAAGGUAACCGAGGAGAAAGGGGUUUCAAGGGAGAGAAGGGUGAAUGGGGUGAGCGAGGAGACAGACCAGUGGAGGAGACCUUGGUACGGUUGGUGAAUGGGUCAGGUCCUCACGAAGGCCGUGUGGAAGUUUUCCAUGAACAUCGCUGGGGAACCGUGUGCGAUGAUGUCUGGGAUAAAAAGGAUGGAGAUGUAGUCUGCAGGAUGCUGGGAUACCAAGGAGCAACCGAGGUUCAUAAGACUGGACGCUUCGGGCAGGGUACUGGUCUGAUCUGGAUGGAUGAUGUCGCAUGCGCAGGGACAGAAGACAGUAUUCACCAGUGUAAGUUUUCCGGUUGGGGCAAAACCAACUGUGGCCACGUCGAGGACGCUGGUGUGACCUGCACUGUCUGAACUUUAAGGAUCCCAACACUGCUGCAGCUGCCAAGUAUCACCCAAACGCUGCCUUAAACUUCAAGUGCUGAAAGCCCUGCCGUGUGCCAUAUUAGUAGUAUGCUGCCUACUUACCUAUAAACCUAUAAAAAAAGUGCCAACUCACCUGAUGCAUGAACUUAACCUGCAGCUUGGUUAGAAGUUCAUGACUAAACAUAUCUAUAUGAGCCACGGGAUUGAAUCACAGUGCAGCCUUUGCCAACAUAAAAGUUAUGUUUUCAUUAACUCUACAGUAUGAGCUGAAGGAUGAUCACAUGACAGGAUGCUUCAUGAGGCUGAACUAAAGGGCAAAGGUCAGCAUUAACAGGAAUAGAGACUCACCACAGACCAGGUUUGCUGCUUUAACAUCCACGAGAGGAUUGUCGGAUCUGACAACUUCAUCUACAUUUCCACUUACUAAAGAGCUGAAAAGGCAUGCAAUGGAACUGACAGGACAGUCUCUGGAGAACUGGUUUUCAUAUGCAGGCAGCUGCUCUUCACAGUAUUAUUUAGCAAUGGCUUUUGCUCAGUAUACCACAGUGUUGCCUUAUUACACGUUACAGCAAUGCCCAAGUAGGUAACUGUUUGGUGGUUUGCAAACCAGGCGAUGCCACAAAAUCAAACUAAUUGAACUUUUUUGUUUUGUUUUUUUCUUUUAUUAGAAUGCAAACAAGUACUGUUUAUAUUCACCAUUUCUCAACGAAGCAUGCUUUUCUUUCAGAUCUGUUUAUACCAUUCCAUUCGUAAAACUGCUGCAAAACGAAAUUUUUAAUUAUUCUAAAUGAAGUUUUGUUUACAGCAUCCUGUAGAUACCCCUCUUUCUGCACUUAGGGUCCAGUAAACGAUCAGAAGUGCUCGUCACAGAGUCAAAAAGUCUCUCCACUUUCACGCUUUUCCAGUGUAUAGUUAUUGAGGGCUGCAUCUGAUGAUUUCAGAUCCAACAGUGUGACAUUUACACUUGCUUGUGGCCAUUACUGACUAUCUGUAAGGAGAUUUAAGUGGAGUUUAAGACUUAAACUUUUUUGUAUUUCUGUCACUUUGUAUAGUCCUUAGUGAUUAAAGCUCCAUCAGGUAUCUAAUAGUGAUUUUUUUUUUUUUUAAAGCUUAAGCAAUCUGUCAAAUCUGCAUUCUGGCAAAGACUUUUAGCUGAUUCUUUGAGCUUAAGUAUUCUUUUUAGUAUCAGCAUCAUUUCCAGUUGCAUGGUGGUAGCUAUUUUUAUCCAAAAAGCUCAACAAAUGUUAAACCUAACAACAAAGAGUAAAACAUAAAUCAAAUAAAACAUUUCACAGCUUCAAAGUCCUAAAAUAUUUCCUUCAGGAGUUUGUGAAUACCAAAAAAAAGCUAAAAUCACCACAUAAUUUGGAUGCUGGUCAUUUACUCAUCAGCUGAAUGUUGCUCAGUAGUGGUUUGUGUAGCAAACAAAUAAGCAAUUUUGAAAGGCAAUAAUAUACAAGUAGGGUCUGUUUUUGAAAUGCACAAAGUGCCAAAAAAUGUGUUUGUUUCUUUCAUGUGUGCAUCCUUUAAACUGCAAAUCACCAACCUGUGCUUACCGUGGGCUUCUAUAUUUAUGCAAAAAUUAUAAUAAUAUCAUUAAAUAACAACUUCUGGAAAGAGUUAACAGUCACUCCUGUUGACAGAUGAAGUGACGAUGAAGAAGAACAGAUGAGUAUAAACAGAUGGAUGCAUGGAGGCCUGCCCUGUAUGAUUUAUAACUGUGGGUCUGUCAGUGUUUACUGCCAAAAAUUGGCUUGUUUCAGCAAUAACAUGCAUGCACACACCCUCACUCACAUCAAAACAUCAGACCAACCACAAUGGACCGUUCUCCCACAUUUUACCUCACUCUCAGUGGAAUUUCAGCUUCACGGCUGCUUUCAAAUCCAAAAACUUUGUACCUCCCAGGUUUCCUCGUCAUUGCUUCGGAGCCAGCAGAAGACAUGGAGCGGCAAGCUGGAAAAGAAUACACGCAGGAACCUGAACACACCCAUGUUUUAUAUUUGAAGUUUGGAAAGUUUUUUUAUGCACCUUAAAAAUCUGGCAAUCUCACAAACCUCAAAAGACUGAAGUUAAAUUCUCUCCGGCCUUAAAAUCUGUGAGCUGUCUUAGAUUUGUCCCACUUACUUUUUAUGAAAAUCAAUCUGCAAACUUGGUGUCUGGAUCCAAGAGAGCAGAGGAAAAAAUAUUUUGGAGAUGAACUUGACUUUGUUCUGCUGAGGCCAAAAAUGGUUUUCUCUGCCCCAUGUCUAAGUGCCUUGGUGUUUGUCGAGGUUUUUGCUUUAAACCGCAAUCCUGCCACAGCAAAAAAGAAAUGCACGAACAAAAAGAGGGAGUCUGGGGAAAGAGAAAAUGAGGUGAUAAACCAGAUUCAGCAAAUUGAUGUAAGCGAGAGUGGUUGAUGUGUUUUCUUGUACAUUUUUCUGCAAGUAUUGACAGGGUGACUCAGGACUCAUGCAUAAUCAGGUUAUAUCAGUGUUCUUUGGCUAGCUGAUCACAUUAAAUCAUCACAUGUGACAUCUGCAUUACAUUACAUACCUCCAUCGUGUUGCAUAAUAGUGAAAGGCAAUGAAAACUUUGGGCUGCUGGACUUUUUUUCAUAAUCACUUUAAUAUAUGCAACAACAAUUAAACAUCUGUAUUGUUGCUCAUUCUAAUUACUGAUAUAAAACAUAUUAGAGGUCAAAUAGUUUGUCAGCUAAUCAGUACAUUAACAAAAACUCUUCACAUUAUCUUCUUAAACUUUCUGUGUGACAGGAUUUUGUAUUUUUUAAUAUUUUAUAGAAGAAACAACAACAAAAUAAUCAUUAGAUAAAUCACUAAUGCCAAUAAAUGUUUCAACAAUACAGUGUUCAGACCAAAGUUUUGCCUUUUGUAUCUUUCACAAAUACAGUUACAACCAAUAACUGACAUCUUCUUUUGCUGUUGUUUUUCUACAUUAAAGCAAAGGUAAAUCUUUCAGCUGCAGGUAUGUACAAGCAGCAGUAAGUUUGUACUGCACACGGGCUUUUACUGCCAAGCAUGAUGGGUUUUUUUGUUUGUUUGUUUGUUUUUUACCUGUUCUUAAAAUAUUUGAAAUAUUGUAUUUGCAUCACUUUGCAUCUUUGACUUUCUAUUUACUCUGCAUAAAAUCAAAAUUUGCAUAAAUUUAAUCUGGAAAGUAGACCAUUAGAUUGUAUAUAAAUGUGUGGCGUUGUGGCGAGUGGCAUUACUGUUUUUGUGUUUUUGAAACUAGUUAUGAAAAGCAUGGCGGGAUCUGUCUGAGAAACUCAAUGCUGAAGAAAGAAGCCAGCCAACCAAAGGCAGGCCCUGCUUUACUAUUUUAUUCUCAAUGAAACUACAAUUUAGAAAAUAAAGAUUGUGCUAUAUUUAAAAAAUACUCUGAAGCCGUGAACCCGGUAAAAAGUGUUCACUGAGGUUAAAGAUCUGCAAAUAGGCUUGUAGGCUUAUAUUUUCACCCCCUGCUGGCCAUUAAAUAGAAUGCAGGUUUUAUGACUGUUUCACUUUUUCAGGCUAUGUCACUGAAUCCAGUCUGUGAUUGCAGCCCUAAGCCACACCCACACAAACACUGCCUGCAUCAAUAUCAUAUAACGGAGAUAUUUUUUUAUUGUAGAAAUCUCCAUAAAUAGUUGUGUGUUAAAGAGUAAACUCCUGGCUGAAUUUUACAGCAGAUUAUUUCAUUCUCAUUCAAAUUCUUCUUAGACAUCAGGAAGAAGGAUAUGUGGAAAUUCUUUUCGGCGCAGGAAGCGAUAAAGCAAAAUGUGAAAUGCUGCAGCUCACCAUGACACUGAACCUCCUCAACACCCAGGUGACGCAUGAAAAAUGGCCUCCCUGAGCUGUUUUUCUGACUCCACUUAUGUAAUCUUUCACCUUUCACAAAUAUAUUAAAUUAAAUUUGCUAAAGAAAGUUGCCAAAGUGGGGAAAUGCCUAUAGCAACACUAAUUUGCAAUGAAAACAGGAUCCAAUAAAAUCUGACAUAGUAAAGUUAAUAAACCGAUUUAGAGUGUUAGAAAUUUGAAAUCCAAAAUGGUUACAUUUCUAUUUCUAGUUAUAUAUUUAUCCACAGAUUAAUGGAACCCAUCAGAAUUUUAGUUGUAUAAUUUCCAUCCCAGGUCAAUAAAUGAAAGUAAAUACACAGCUGCACUCUUUUUUGUGCACAGCAACAGUACGACUGUGUGGCGGCCAGGCCUCUGAGUUUGGUCCUGAUGUCUCUCAUUUAUCUUCUAGAGGCGUCAGAUUCAGCACUUUGGCUGCAGAGUUAUUACUUCCUUUAUAAAACAACAGCCAGAGAUAACACCCUUGACUCCUUCCAUAUUUUUUCUGUCUGUUUGUUUGUCAUCUCCUUUUAAAAAAUCGAUAUGUUAAGUUAACCAUAAAAACAAGCAAAAGCAGGUUGAAUUUUUUUUUUUUUUUUGUAAAUCAUUUUGUACUGGCAUUAGUUUUUUAGAAAAUAAAGGGCAGUUUGUAGUGUACUACAGUAUUUAUACAUGUUUUGUUAUUUGUAGUUUUAACAUGUUUCUUUAAUUAAAGUUACAGUAUAUCUUCAUAGCAUCCAAGUGGCAGUUUCUUCAGCUUUUGUUUCCAGCUCAAAUGUUGUGCCAUUUCAUUUCCAACUUAACAAACAGGAAGUAAAGGGACAAAAAAUUGCGAUUUUUUUUUUUUUAACUCAGUGAAUGUAAGACUGAAUUAAAAAAAGAAGCAUGUUGAUUUGUACAGAUCAUAUUCUCUGUAUUUUUCAGCAGAUUUCAGCAGAUGGACAUUUCUAAAUAAAAAGAGCUGCAGAUUGGUGACAAAAUAAAUUAAAAAAAACACUGAACCCCAUAUAGUGAAAGGAUCUGAUUGUUCUAUUAUGCAUUAGGGGCCAUUGUGCUGCUUUUUCUUUGGUUCCAAAAGCUUGAAAAUCACAGAUGUAGGGAUGUUGUGAGAGGAAGGCAGGAAGCCCAGACAUGCCAGAGGAAACUUGGAGGAGUGGCAAAGGUGAAAGGAGACCCACGCUUUCUUUGUACCCGAAAAACUGAACAUACUGGUGAACAACAGCAUCAUAUACUUUAGUUCAAGGGAAUCAAACCGUGGGCGUUUAUAUAAGUCCUACAAAUGAUGAGAGUAUUUGAGAGCACGUUUUAAAAACAGGCUGAGGCCUUCCAAAAACAGCAACUGCAGCGAAGAGCUUAAAUUUACCUCAGAUGAAUGUAAUCUGCUGGUGAAUACAUUGCAGGCUAAUCAUAUACUACUACCUUAUGGGUACAAUUUAUCAGGCAGAAAAUGUAAACCAGUGUCUUCUACUGUGGGCUUUCUUUUCUUGGUUAUGUUUAUUUUGACUCGGUUCAAGGUAACUGGCUGAGCUGCAGUGUGUUAGACAUCAGCAGAACAAAACUGUUGUGCUGUGAUUAACUGGCUAGUUGGCGACUCCUCUGAUCUCAGAUAAUAGUUUGAGUACAAAAACACCCUCAUGCCAUUACUCAGAAAUACCCUUGGAAGUGACCACAUAUUGCAACCAUCUUGUAAUGUUUUUUCUCAUUUUCAUUCAAUUACAUUUAACAGCAAAAAAAAAACUGUCCUUGUGGAUUGUAAUGUCUUGGCUGUGUUCUGUGUAUCUUUUAUAACACUGUGCAGCUCAUAACAGAUAGAAGAGCUUAGGAAUUAAAAACUUUCACCUGAAAACUCACAGAGCUUUUUACUUUGUGUACUGUUUAUAUGUGCCACUAAAAUGCUGCAUAUGUACUGCUGAAAUAAUAAA